CAAGCUCUCGUCGACGAGUACUACGCCGUACCUGUCAAGGAACAGGUACACACGGCUGCGACAGGGCUUUCGUACGUGUGCUCCAGUAGGAGGCGGCAAAGUGGUUGCGCGUAGAAGUAAGGAAGGGGCCGGUCAGAUAUAAGAUGUAGGUAGCGAUGAGCCUGAAGAGACACCCGAACAUCAUCGACAGUUGCGAUGCCACACUCAUCUACAUGUCUACUCACUCUUGUUGUACCUUCAUCGUCUCUCUUUAGUUUGAAAGGCCGGUCGCUCUGCUUGUCCUCUCUCGACGUCUCGCUGGGCAACGGGAUGCCCAUGAAUGACUUCGGCUGUCUUCAGCCGUGUUCGAGCACUGCCAAAGGUUGCCGCUGGCUUUGACUGGAUCGUUGUCCUUGGCAUAUGUCUCGCCGAAUACAAAAUGUAGACAGCCAUAGAUCUGAGAGACAUGUCACCUCUCCAAGCUCCUUUGGCAGGGGUGUUGGACAUGAUUGGAUGUCGACUCGAUGCCGGAAUUGGUGGUGAACGCAUAAUCACCUUUGGGGUCGAGGAUCUUGUGCAAUGCUCACACACCCAUCUUCCUGAUGCCGGGCUUGUCGACCACUUGGACGAUCGUCUUCAUUUCCUCCCGCUUCUGCCUCUCCUUCAGCUUCGCGGUCACCGUCUCGUAGUAGUCGAGAAUGUGGCGCUUGAACUGCUCUGCAUCCAUGAGCUUGUCGCCGACAACGCGCUCGGCGUUGACUCCUCCUGCAGCUCCUCCAGCUUAUCUCGGGUGACAUAGCUGAGUGGGGCCGGCUUGGCGGAUGGCACUGAGGUGGGGGCCGGUGUGGCGGCCGCGGCAGCAGCAGCAGGGCUGCACGAGGGGAACGAGGUGGACGCCAUAAGGAUGAAGUACACGGAAGAUGCUGCGCGAAAGGCACACAGAAGGGCCAUCGGUGUCAUGCAGAUGCACAGGCCCAUCGUCAUGCGAGUGUCUCCGUGUCUCGCCUUGUCAGCAGGGAUGUGCCCGACGUAUCAUGGGGCCGCCGGGUCGUCAGGCAAACGAGGCAAGACCUGAGAGCACAGCACAGAGGCAAGAGGUCUCAAGAGGUCCCAUGCAGUGCACAUGCAUCAUCCUCUCCACCCCAGUGUGCACACACGCGCUUACCGAGGACAGCUGAAACACUCAGCAGCGCCCCUCUCCCCUACAAAGUCGCCUCUCACGCCGACUGACGCGCAGUUGACACGGUCUCUCGCCUACGGCGCCAGGUCAGUGAAGCAACCCCGCCGUCACUCCCAGCCGACCGCGAGAAGUGACUCUCUCGAACGACCGGCGCGUUGGGGUCGGUUCCGGCGCCAUACUUUCAAAAGACGAAGCACAACGGAUAUAAAAUGCAGGCAACGUGUGUGUGUGUGUGUGUGUCUGUUGCCGAGCGUGGCGUGCAGCUCCAUCAGGUGGACGUCCUCUUCGUUCGACCACUGACCACACAAUACAUUGAAUACAAUACACACCACACCCACACAGGCAACCAGUCGGACAUCAGAAGACAAAAAGGGAGGGAGGGUGGAUGGAGGGAUGUGCUUCUUCUCGCUGGCUGCCGCACCUGUUCCUGCAUGGCAGCUUCCUUCUCCGCCACGGGUAGCUCCUUGAAGGCCUUCAUUGCCUCCAGCUGCGUAGAGUAGUCAGCACCACCCACCUCUCCUCGGAACAAUCUGCUUUUGGAUCUCGCUUUGCUAUUGCUGUCCUUGAAGUGAUGCACGAGCUCCUGCCGGCCCUCCAGUGGCCGACGGUCGAUCCCGACCCGACAAAGGACACGUCGACCCUGCCCUGGCACGUGCCGGCGACCAUCGACUUGAUGAGCGGCUCUAGGUGGAGAUUGGAGUCGGGCUUCUGGCCGUACACAUCUGGUAUGGUGCGCCUCAGGGUCCUCUCCGUCGCGGGGAGAGUGCUAAGAUAGACUCGCGAGAGAGUGGCCAUCGUGCCCAUGGUGCGAAGAUGCGCUCGAAAGAGACAGACACCUCCCUGGAUGGAUGAGAGCGACUCUGCCUCAGGAAUGAGGUCGUCCUGCAUCCGAUACCGGCCGGUGCGAGCGGCCGACCACACCAGGCCCUCGGCGAAGAAGGUUUGCUGCACUCCAGCCGUGUAAACGUCGCCCUCGAGCGACACGGGGUCGAUCAGCUCCAGGCUCCUCUUUCCCUCAGCAUGGCACCCCAGCAGACAGACCGAGAAACGAUACAGCAGCUUCUUGUCGUCCUUGCUCAGGAGGUAGGGGUCUUGUGUGUGGACGGAGACAGACAGCUUGACCUCGUGCUUGGGAUAGGCGUACAGCCUGUAGAUUAUGUCAUCAAAUACGCCCACAUUGAGUGCGCGGCGUUCAUACCAUCUGUGUCUCUCUAUCUCUUUGCCUACCGUGACGCGGCCGGCGUCUUCUCUGCUGCCGUCAUCGCCGGAGAGGUCCUUCAUCUUCAGCCUAUGCGCAGCACAGCUGAAUGAGACGCACCGAGACAGAGAGGGACGUGGUUGGCCUGACAUCUCUCCUUACGUGUGGAAGUGCAUUGGCCAGUCUGUGACAGUCGAUGAAGAAAGAGAAGCCCAACGGAUAUAAAAUGUAGCCAACGAUAGGCCCCCCUCUGCCCCUGCUGCGGCUGGCGGGAGGUGGGCGCGGAAAAGGCCCGUGCGGGGCGCAGCAGGGGGGUGGGGCGAUGGGAUGACUGGGGCAGGGGGAGGUGAGGGCACGCUGUGCCCUCCCUCCGGCUCUUCUUCAUCCUCCCCGCCGGUGAAGAAGAUUACGAACACCUGGCCCUUGUACUCGCCGUCCUGGAAGACGACGGACACCGAGUCGUCAGCCUCGCUAUACUUCCACCUGCCGCCCACGACCGUGCACGAGUCGCGAAAGCACUUGCUGACUGGCUCCCAGUCGUCUAAGGCCCACUCCGCCCACGAGAAAUCGGUGCUGCCCUUGUAGACGGAGAUGCUCCUCAGCUCUCUGGACAGCUGCUCGCAGUGCGCUUUGCCGAGGAGGGAGAGGCUCUGCUCAGCCGUCGACACCAGGUCGUAGGCCGCAUCAUCCAUCUCACUCAUGCGCUUCUCAAACCCGGCCUCAUCCACGCCUCAUGGAAUGCGCGAAAGUCUUUCCAGCCUGAAGGGCAGGACACACACACAGCGAGACGAUUCAUGCGUGUGACAGUGUGUAGGUGUGAGUUUUAUGGCUGCCGCCGUACCAUUGACGAAGCUCUUGACUUGACGGACCAGCUGUGCCGCCCGAGCAGGGCCCUGCCACACCGCCAGUGCCUCGCGGACGCUCACAGGGCUGGUGGACUCGGGAAAGGCGAUGGCCGGGGACAGUGCAUACCUGACGAUGGAUGGGAUGGAUGGGAGGCAAGGCAGUGGUUGGGUGACGGCUUGUGCGCAUUCUGUGUUGCGUUUUGGUGUCGUGUGGUGGCGUCAUUACUGUCUGAGGUCCAUUGCGAUCAUCUUGCCCUCCUGUCGGACACACACAGACACCAGACGACACACAAAUGGAUGGCUAGGCUUGCUGAGCUGGGGUGCUGUGGAUCGUCUGCGGCAUACCUUGAUCCACUUCUUGAACCAGAGGUCAAUCUGCUCCAGGGAUGCCUCCAGCACGUCGGUGCCGCAACGAGCGAAGUCCAACUCUGACGACGCGGACAUGGGAAGGGCAGCCAAGACACAAAUGCACUCACUCAGUGUAGUCGUGUAGGCGUGUGUGUGUGUGUGUCGUGUUGGGAUCCAUCUCACCGUUCUUGAUGACGUCGACGGAGUCGUGUGUUGGGAAGUUGUUGAGGAUCUUGUCGACGGCGUCGCCAAGUUUGCUGAGCGACUGGAGCUUCUCGCGGUUGGCGGUGAUGAAGUUGAAGACGUCUCGGUAGGUCACCAGCAGCAGAUACGUCGAGUCACCUGGACGCACCGACACACAAAGGAAGACAGAGUCACUGACGUGUUGGUCGAUCGGUCACUGUGUGCAUUCUUACGUGCGCGGCGGCAGGUGACCGGGGUGAGCUGUUCUGGAGGCUCGCCGCAGGGCUCGGAAGCCGCCUUCAACUCGGUGAGCUCGCGCAUCUGUUUGGCGGUGUCGAGCAUCUCCUUCUUGAGGGACUCUGUCAGAGAGGCAGACAGGAGAAAGGCAGACAGGUGAGUAAGGCGGUCGCCCCAAUAGCUGCGCGUGAGUGUAUCCCUCACUGAUGGACGUGACGCACGUGUCGACCUCCUUGGCUGCAGGAAGGGACCACAAACGACAGAGGGAGAGAGGGUGGUGGCUGUGCUGUGCAGACCCACGGAUGUGGCGUGUGUGUGUGUGUGCUGUAAGUGCCUUACCGAGCGCCUGCUCAAGAGCAGACAGUUCCUGUUUGCCGGUGAACCUGCACACACACACGCAAACACACACGAACACACACGUCCAUCCACACCCCACCAGCAUGAUGCAUGCGCCACCCCUCCCUCUCUCUCUCUCUCUCUCUCUCUCUUACCUCUUUGCGUCGAUGGCAGAUGCCUUCCACGUGUCAGUCUGUCCCUCCUGCUGGUUGAGCACUCGCCCAGCCGCUCGGUCAUCUUUCUGAUAUUGUCCAUCCACAAGAAGAAGACGGCGCCUGUGAGCACCGACUCGCUUCGUGUAAAGCUGUUGGAUCCCGAAUGUGAACACCUGUGAGGAAACAAACCUGACAACCUGACAACAAAUCGGAAGAGUACACUUGUCGGUGUUUGAAAAUGGACUGCUUCUCCCGCUGAUUUGGGUUCAGGAGCCCCCCGAUCUUCCCCCGCCUCUUGUCGGUGUGGUGAACGGGAAAGACGCCGUUGGGGGAAAUCGUAGGGGCCCUGUAGACACAACCAAGAGACACACAAACACACACGUAAUGACAUGAGAAGACGGAGCGGUCUCAGCGUCUCUUCUCAUGUACGUCAAGAACAAACUCAUGGUCGGCGAUCACGUCGUUCUCCGCCAAAUGAAUGUCGGUCCAUUCUGCGGCGUCCGUGAUCGUCGAUCAUGUCUCUGACUUUGGCGGAUACUGGAAGGAAGGAAGAAGGACAGGGAUAUAAAAUGCAGACAGCGAUACUCUGUAGCUACAGCGAACAGUAUGAACGACAAUAAGGAUGACCCAAAGUGUCUCAAUUUCCUUAUUGUUACCGAUUCCUGGUCAGUCUUGAACAUCCAUGUGUACCCUCGUCGUCUCUUCACCAUGCCACUGCAGCCGUCAUGUCAGCCAUCUCGGCCUCAUCGAAGACCGGCACCUCCGUCUCGAGCAACGUCUGUCCCUUCUCCAGCAGAUCAAUACACGACACCAACAGACUGACCACGAUGGCCUCCGCCGAUCGCAU